CUCCAGGAUUAAGUCAUAGAGAGCUUAGCCAAUGGAGGAGAGGUGAGUGACCACCCCACCUUGUGAUUUAUCUGUCCCUCAGGGCUGGCCGCCGAGGACCUGUGUCAUGUCCUCCACCGUGAACAACGGGGCUACCAGUAUGCCAGCUCCUCCCGACGCUGCCAACGGCUUCCCGCAGCCCGGAGGCUCGUCCGGGUCCUGGCCGCGCGCAGAGGAGGAGCUGCGCGCAGCCGAGCCAGGUUUGGUGAAACGCGCGCACCGGGAGAUCCUGGACCACGAGCGCAAGCGGCGCGUGGAGCUCAAGUGCAUGGAGUUGCAGGAGAUGAUGGAGGAGCAGGGGUACUCAGAGGAGGAGAUCCGGCAGAAGGUCGGGACCUUCCGGCAGAUGCUGAUGGAGAAGGAGGGAGUACUGACAAAGGAGGACCGGCCUGGGGCCCACAUCGUGGCAGAGACUCCGCGACGAAUGGAGGGCUUGGAGCCAGGCCUGGAGUACCCACCCUUCGAUGAGGACGAUGGCCCGGUUGAUUGCGACUGCCCCGUCGCCUGCUACCGCGGGCACCGGGGUUACAGGACCAAGCACUGGUCCAGCAGCUCCGCAUCGCCCCCUCCUAAGAAGAAGAAGAAAAAGAAAGGCAGUCAUCGGAGGAGUCGCAAAAAGAGGAGACUAGAGUCAGAAUGCAGCUGUGGGAGUGCUUCCCCCCUGCGCAAGAAGAAGAGAAGUGUGAAGAAACACCGUCGAGAUAGGUCUGAUUCUGGGUCGCGGAGAAAGAGACGAUACAGAUCGAGAAGCCUCAAGAGCAAACGAAAAGAAAAAAUCAAAGAGCGAAAGAGGCCUCAUACUGAGUCUCCAGGCCGAAGGUCCCACCACCAUAGCAGCGUCAGCUCCCACAGUCCCUCAGUGUCCUCACACUACAGCGAUUCCGGAUCACCCAACAGGCUGAGCCCCAAGCACCGAGAUGACGGACGGAAGACAGGCAGCCAGCGAUCCAGCGGGAGCCGGUCGCCGUCCCCAUCGGGCGGCAGCGGAUGGGGGUCGCCCCAGCAGAACGGAGGCAGCAGGCAGCGAAGUGGAGCGCACGGGGGCCGCCCCGGCUCGGCGCACAGCCCGCCCGAUGAGGAAGUGCCACUUUAUUGCCCAGCUCGCCCCGGGCCUGCGACAAGGCAGCCGCCGCGCCCACGCCGCCCACGCGUGGGAAGGACAGCCAGAGUCCCCGCUCCGCGCCGUCGUCGCAGGGCCGCGGGGGCCGCGCGGCGGGAGGGACGGCCAGGCGCCGGCGCCGGCGGAGGAGGAGGAGGCGAUCGCGGUCCUCGGUCAACGCGCCCCGCCGCAGGGGGCGCCGGCGUGCAAAGCCCGCGCCGCCUCGGGGCUCGUCGCGCUCGCUCAGUGGGGCACACUCCAGCAGCGACUCCGGUGGCGGCGCCCCGGGACCCGGGCCCGAGCCGGGCUCCGAGCGAGGUCACGGCGGACACGGAAAACGGGCAAAGGAGCGACCCCCGCGAGCACGGCCCGCAAGCACCUCGCCAUCACCAGGCGCGCAUGGCCGACGGGGCGGCCCAGAGGGGAACAGUUCGUCGCGCAGCCCGGGCCCCCAUCCCGGGUCGUGGAGCUCCAGCCGCUCGCCCUCCAAAUCCCGCUCGCGCUCCCCAGACAAAAGGACCCGCAGCCCCAGCCUCUCACCGUCUCCCAAGAAACCUCUUGGCCGGGACAAGGACAGCGAAGGCCGUGCCAGGCAUGCCGAGGCUGAGGCCGCCCGCACCCGGCGUCGCUCCCGCAGCUACUCGCCCAUCCGAAAGCGGCGUCGGGACUCGCCCAGUUUCAUGGAGCCGAGACGCAUCACCAGUGCCCGAAAGCGUCCCAUCCCCUACUACCGGCCCAGCCCCUCCUCUUCCUCCAGCUGCUUGAGCAGCGACUACUCCAGCCGGAGCCGCAGCAGGAGCCCAAGCCCUGGCCACAGCCACGGAAGCUACAGCAGCCGCAGUCACGGGACUCGCAGCCGUUCCUGCAGCGCCUCCAGGAGCCGCAGUCCCAGCUACCACAGCCGGAGCAGCUCUGAGAGUGGGGGCUUCUAAGCCCAGACGGACCCAUCUAGGGCUGGAAGGCCCUGGAACAAAGAGAGGCUGGGGCCCUGAGACCUGGGAAAGAGGGGUCUGUACCCCCAUACUGCUACGGAGGUCCCGGGGUGGGGGUGGGGCAGCAAGUGGGCAAGUGGGACUAGAGAAGAGCUUCUUCUAGAGUGGGUGACCCACCCACGAGGAGGAAUCACAUUGUCCUGUCCCUAAAGUGUGCCCAUCCCCACUCCCUGCCCACCCACCAUGCCCAGGGACAAAGAGCCUUUGCGAACACAGGGAUCAGAUCACCAUACCCCUCUUCUGCUUGAGGCCAGCUUACCAGCCUGGGGCCCAUUGCCUGAGUAUGGCACAAGAGUCCACUGUUGGCUGUCACCUCACCUGAGCUCAGUGGACCCCUGCACAGCUUGGAAGGUGCCAAGCCUGGGACCUUCCCCUCCUCUUCCUCUAUCUCCCACGGGGUGGAUCGGAACAGAGCAAAGCGAGCCAGAUCUAAGAGAGAAGGAAGGACCGCCUAGCUCCUAGUGUGUUGCCAGGCAGAAUGAGAAGCUCGCACUUGGUCCCGUCUCUCUCCCUUGCCUUCAUAUCAAGGCCACACUCUCUGGGCCUUCAUCAGCACAAGAGGUGGCGUAAAUCUGUAUCUAACCCUGAAGUCAAAGGUAGGAGAGUUCAGGGGCUGAGGACGUAGCUCAGUUGAUAGAGUGCUUGCCUAGCAUGCAUGAAGUCCUGGGUUCCAUCCCAAACAAAGCAUAAAACCGAGCAUGCUAGUGCAUGCCUGUAAUUCCAGCACUCUGGAGGUAGAGGCAGGAGGACCGGAAGUUCAAGGUCAUCUUAGGCCACGUAGUGAGUUCGAAUCCAACCUGGGGUACAGGAGAACCUGUCUCAAAAGUGAGAGACUGGGAAUUCAGGUCAGAAGAUAAGAAAGAACACGGGUAGAAAGCAGCAGCGGAAUUUUUUUUUUUUUUUUUUAAAGCAUGGGCCCAAACAAUGCAGUCAGAUGACCGAACAGGUCAAGGGCUACUGGGAGACAGGUCCAGGCUGCUGUCUGGGUUAUGGGCCAAACGAUAGCUCACGGUCACAAGCUAACUAACACGCGGUGCACUUCGGAGCCUGCCCAAGGGAUGCCUCCUUCCCAGGCUUUGACGGGGCAGGUUUGGUGGAGGCUUUCAGAACUGGGGUGGUAGGUUCCAGCCACAGGCCUCAGCCUGGAACAUGAUGGGGAUGAGGUGGUCCCCCCCUCCAGCCCUCUUCUGCGGCACCCAGCCCCGCCCACCCCCCUGCUGGGGCCCUCAGGGAUCUCGAAGUCUUCCUUGGCCCAACAGGACAGAUGCCCUGGGCUCUGGUGGGGGGAGGAGUCUGGGGUCUGAUCCGGGGUCCCACCUUCUCUCAGUUUCCCCUUCCCUCUUUCUCCGCAGUGCGGGAAAACAUUUGGACUGUAAUAAAUACACUAGGUGCCCGGGUGA